AUGCCACGUGUAAUAAUAAUAUUUGUUGAUAUAUUUUUUCCAACACGUCAUGCAAGUCAUUACAAUUAUAUAAAUAAAGAAGACAUAUAUAAUGAAAUUAAGAUCCAAGAACCAGCCAAGAAUUAUUUUAACCUCAAAAGUUGCACUUACCAAGAUAUUAUUUUAAAUAAUAUUGAUGUUGAAGUUAAUACAAUUACAGACUAUAAACCUUUUAAGCGACCUUUAUCAGGAGGUGAAUUUCAACCCAAAGAUUGUGUGGCAUUAAUUAAGACUGCUUUAAUUGUCCCUUACAGAAAUAGAACUGAACAACUUCAUAUUUUUCUAAAUUAUAUGCAUCAUUUCCUUCAAAAUCAGCAUAUCCAUUAUAGAAUAUUCAUAGUAGAUCAGAAUGACACCUUACCAUUCAAUAGAGCGAAAAUGUUGAAUUAUGGGGCAAAGUUAGCCAUAAAACUGAAUUAUGAUUGCCUAAUCUUGCACGAUGUUGAUUUACUACCUUUGAAUACUGGGAAUAUUUAUGGUUGUGCAAAAUCUCCUAGACAUAUGUCGAGUAGUCUAGAUACGUUCAGAUACAAUCUCCCAUAUUUGAGUCUUUUUGGAGGCGCAGUCUCAAUUUUAUCUCAGCAAUAUGAAAAAAUUAAUGGAAUGUCAAAUAUAUUUUAUGGAUGGGGUGGUGAGGAUGACGAUUUUUACAGACGUUUGGCAACAAAUGGGCUUACACCUUACAGAUUUUCUCCUGAAGUAAGCAGAUAUACAAUGCUCAGACAUAAGAAAGAGAAUGCUAAUGAUAAUAGAUUUAAACUUUUGGAGGAAGCUGUGGAUAAGUCUAACUUGGAUGGACUGAAUUCCUUGCCUCAUCGGUACACAAUUAAACUCGAAGGACUGUAUACUCAUUUGAUUGUUUCAUAAUGGAUUCACUCUUGAUAUUUCAAUUCAUCGUUGAGAUUAAAUUGUAAAAAUUAUUUUUUUAUAACUGCUGUUUAAAUUUCAAAUUGUUUUUAUUUUUGUU